GUGCUUCUGAGUCAUCGCCCCUCAGACAGUCAACGUGGUUGAGCACACUUCUUAAAAACUGUUCAGCUUCUACCGGACAUUUUUGGAACCACGACGUUCUCUCUAAUUGCCUGACAGGAUUGAGAUGUUACAGUUUAGGUUUUCGACAGUGCUGAAGGAGUUGUUUGAAGCCACCCUCAAGCGUCCCUUGUCCGGCUCUAGACAGAAGACCUGGUUACCGACCCGCCGCUGCUGCUUCGGCACCGCCUCCGUUGAUGCUAGAACAAUCUCUCCUCAACUGAAGGUCCUCCAUGCCGCUACCUACCGCCCGGCGCUCCGCGCCGCGCCCUUUACCGCCCCGUUCCGCUCGUACUGCACAAAAACUGAAGGGGCCGUGGAGCUGGACGAACAGCUAAAGAAGGAUGUUGUCAGCCCAGAAGAAGCCAAUGAAAAGAGAAGAACUGCAGGCAUUCUCCCCAGUUUGGAGGACUUGCUCUUCUACACAGUCGCAGAAGGCCAAGAGAAGAUUCCUGCUCAUAAAUUUCUCACAGCGCUUAAAGCCACCGGGCUUCGCACUGGAGAUCCCAGACUGAAGGAAUGCAUGGACACCCUUAAAGAAACUCUAAGGAACACAACAGAUGGCGUUACGCUGGACAGGCACCUAUUCAAGAAGUGUGUCCAGAGCAACAUUGUCCUGCUCACUCAGGCCUUCCGAAAGAAGUUCGUCAUCCCAGACUUCCAGUCCUUCACCUCCCAUAUUGAUGAGCUGUAUGAGAGUGCCAAAAAGCUCUCUGGAGGACAGGUUGCAGACUACAUUCCUCAGCUCGCCAAAUUCAGCCCUGACCUGUGGGCCGUCUCUCUGUGCACAGUGGACGGACAGAGGCACACAGUAGGAGACACCAAGGUCCCUUUCUGUCUGCAGUCCUGUGUUAAGCCUCUGAAGUACGCUGUGGCUGUCCAUGACCACAGCACAGAGUAUGUGCACAGUUUCAUUGGGAUGGAGCCCAGUGGCCUGCGCUUUAAUAAGCUCUUCCUGAGUGACGAUGAUAAGCCCCACAACCCCAUGGUGAAUGCUGGCGCUAUAGUUUGCACUUCACUGAUAAAGCAAGGUGCAAGCAACGCAGAAAGAUUUGAUUAUGUCAUGAACUUUCUGAAAAAAAUGUCUGGAAACGAGUAUGUGGGUUUCAGCAACGCCACAUUCCAGUCAGAGCGUGAGUCAGGAGACAGGAACUUUGCCAUCGGCUACUACCUGAAAGAAAAAAAGUGUUUUCCAGAGGGGACAGACAUGACAUCUGUACUGGACUUCUACUUUCAACUGUGUUCGAUUGAGGUGACCUGCGAGAGCGCCAGUGUCAUGGCAGCCACCCUGGCUAACGGCGGCAUCUGUCCAAUCACGGGUGAGCGUGUGCUGAACCCUGAGGCGGUGAGGAACACCUUGAGUCUGAUGCACUCGUGCGGCAUGUACGACUUCUCAGGACAGUUUGCUUUCCACGUCGGUCUGCCCGCCAAGUCUGGAGUAGCGGGGGGGAUCCUGCUGGUUGUACCCAACGUGAUGGGUAUUAUGUGCUGGUCACCUCCACUAGACAAGCUGGGAAACUCAGUCAGAGGAAUACAGUUCUGCACGGACCUCGUGGAGCGUUUCAACUUCCACAACUACGACAACCUGAGGCACUUUGCCAAGAAGCACGACCCUCGCAGAGAAGGAGGGGACCAGCGGGUAAGGACACAAGGCAUCAUGUUAAGGAACAAACCAUCCCAAACAGCACCCAUUUCCCCCAUCAAACACACUGACCAGAACGCCUUCUCUCCAAAAAUGUGGCAGCUCUCCUUCGGACCCAUGGAUUACGAGAGCCUCCAGCAAGAGCUAGCCCUGAAAGCCCCUCUUUGGAAAAAGGUGUCCCUCACUGAGUCGCACCAGGACAGCUCCACCACUGUAGUCUAUAGGAUGGACAAUGUCGCCGAGUGAAAAAAUAAAAGGAGACCCGCCUUUCCCCCCCCCAACACCUACCUCUACUGAUCUCUCUCCUCACCUCUAGCAACACCACCACCUUUCCUCACCCUCGAAUAUUUAUACAUACAUUAUGAAGAGGAUUAUUUAUUACUUGUGAAGCAGUUACUGUGUGGACAGACUGGGAAGCUUCUUUUGUUUGUAUUUGUGAUGGGAAAAUGGAAUGAUGUUUUUGCUUGUUAAAUGUGCUCUGAAUUCCAAAUUAACUCUAAACCUCCGCCUGCUUGUUGCCUUAGUGUGUGUGUGUGUGUGUAGGAUCUGGUGUACAGUUUACAGCUUGUUCUCUUGUUUCAUAUCAUCCCCUUUAUUGCAAUGUGUUUGUGACAGAAUCCUCUCAAGGAUAGGCUAAGGGUUGAUUUGAAAUUCAGUUUUAUUUUUAACCAACAAAAGGUUGUGUGUGUGUGUGUGUGUGUGUGUGUGUGUGUGUGUGUGUGUGUGUGUGUGUUUGCAUGUGUGGAGCUUCAGUACAGACAGACAGUGUUUAGACCAGUCAUUAAAUAUACAUUCAGACUACUUUUCAGUGAAGAUUGCUUCCUGUAGCUUCCACUGGUGGUAUUAGCACAUUACUACAGUUGCUGGAUGUACUGUAGUACAUGAUGAAAACAGCAGUAUAACAGAAUGUGUUUUUGGAUUAUUGAUGGAACACUUUGGGUCAACGAAAGAGACUAUUGUUAACAUGUUAGCAGGAGUGUUAUGGAACUUGUGGUUAAAAUGACGUAAAAAAGGAGCUGUGCAUUCUGGAGGGAUUUUAAUAAUGCAGGUAUUUUGCUUUUCCAAAUUUAACACACUAGACCUUGAAAGGAAAAAUCAACCCCAAGAAGUGAAAGCUUUUUCAGAUUUUCGGAGUCACAAGAUUCUCAGCCUUCUAGUCAGAACCACGGAGCCGAUCACAAACAGUUAGCCUCCGAUUCUCUUUGGUAGUUUAAUGUUUAAGUAGAACAUUUCUCUGCACAGUAUACAAGCACUUGCGCCAUCUUUCUGUCGGCGGUUAAGCCCUGAAAAGACAUUAUACUUGCCCACAGGUGUCUGAAGUAAAAUAAAUACAGACAUUUGUGAAAUGAGAUUAGUUGGAACCCCCCUUUGGAGUCGCUUUAUGUGACUCCAAAAGGGUUGCCGGAGAGUUUGACUGCACAUCUGUAUGUGCUCGAAUUACUUGUAAUAGUAAACAAAUAGCAUCAUUUGUGCCUCCCUCCAUACCCUUAAGAAAAGAGAAUACAAAAUAGACUUUAACUUCCAACAGCUAUCGUGUCGACUUAAACAGAGAUGGCAUAUUAAAAAGAGAAACUGCAGUAAAGAAAGGACUUUAACUUGACUUGAACCUGUGAGUAUUUGUGCCUGGACCACAGCGGGGGCAGAUUUUAUUGAUGAUGCGAUGAUAAUGUGAGUAUGGAAAAGAGGUUUGCUCAGGACAGGGGUGAGAAGACCGAAAAAAAACAAGCUGUUUUCAAAGCUUCUCACUUCUCAUUCUCGCUUCACUUAGUUGUCCUCACCAGCGCUCUCGCUGGACUGGCUGCAUCAUGCUGAGCUGCUGUUGACUUUAGACUGUGUGGGUGUGUGUGUGAGUCUGUGUGUUAGUGUGUGUGCGUGUCAAGGCCAGUGAUUAUACUCGGUAUAACGUUGGCAGAGGGGUGGCGUGUGUUGAUUGCUGCGACCCCCAGUUAAAGCCCCUCAUUCAACCUUUAGCUUCUGUGCCGUGAGCAGGACACUGCAGGGUUUAUCUGGGCUGCAUUCCAAAACCAUCUCUGUGUGUUUGCACUGCGCACAAAAAUACGCUGGGUUAAAGCUUUAAGAGGAAAAAAACAGCAGCAGAGGAAGGAGGAUGUAUUCUUUCCCAUCUUGCAGCAGUUUUUUUUCUUCUGUUUUGUUUUUUUGAUAAUACGCCUCAAAAAACUACUCAAAAGGUGGUUUGAGUGUCCCUAUGCAAACGCACACAACAUGUAUUCAGUAUUGUUUAUAAAGUCUUACUCUUCUAGUAAGCUUGUACAUUAUCAAAACCUUUUUUUCCAUAUACAUAAUUUACUUCUUGAAUGUACAUAGUGGCAGGUGUAUAACUUUUAAGGUGUGCGUCUGCACAUGAGUGAUACUCCUCAACAGCAGACCAGAAUGUGUGUUGGAAAUACACUUCAGGCGUUCCGAAUUUAUAAUGUUGUCUCCUCCAGGAAAUAGGAAUACUUGCACAUGCAGCUCUUCUAUGAGUGUGGGGGGUUAUCUGUUUGUUAUUCAGUCAUUACUAAAACUGUACACGUGGUGUCGUGUGUGGGGUUGUUCCUGAGCUCAAAGUGAUGGCUGCUGGAGCCAAUGAUAUGUGAUCCGUGUAAUGACUCUGUCAUGGUGUGUGGAGAUUUAUCUUGUGUUAUAUUUUUUUUCUUUUCUUUUUUUAUGGCAUGGACUUCUGUUAGUGUUUUUUUCUUCUGUUUUUAAGGUUUCUGUUCAUUAUUGUGUGGAGGUACAAAGUAUUCAAAAGCCUCUGUCAUCAGUAAGGCUCCUUGGAAAUGUUUUCCACAGUAAGCAAGAAGUUGAGUUAGUUCUGUUGGCUACUUUAAAUGGUUUCAUCCUUGGAUGUGGUUGCUUUCUGCGAAACGUUUUACAGUGUACUUUAAUAAAUGGGUAUACCCAUUUAUUAGUUUGCAUUGUGAGUGGCGGAGUCCGCCAUUCCUGCGCUGGAUUUAAAGCUGUGUGCACAUGCACAAGAGAUUCUCAGGAUGUGAUGCAUGCGUGUACUGGGUGAAUUUAAGAAGACGAGGGCUGGCAUAUGCGCACAUUGCAUGAAAUCUGUGCGCACAUGCAUAUGUCACAUAAUGACAUGAUCCGGAGAAACGGUGCAGUCGGUCCCAGGCAUUUUGAAGAGGAAACAUAUUUGUGUCAGUACACGAAUAGUUACAACGAAUUAUAAAUAUAGUUAUAAUAAAGAUGUCACAUUUUCAUAAUUUCCAGCACAUCACUAAUAAUGGAAGUCUUAAAGCUAUAGUGCGUAGUUUCUGCCGCCCCCAUGAGUAAUUCUAAGUAAUGACAACAACACUGUCGGCGCGUCCACAUGAUACAAGCCUUUCGUGAUCGCGCAACACCCGCAAGAGACUGAUUUAACCAAUCGGACCUGAUUGUCUUUGAUCUUUGCUUUGGUAGAUCACAAUGACUAAGGGGCCUAAUGUUGCUUUGCAUGAUCGUCGACCCCUCCCUCACUCCUUAAACUCUGAUUAUUACUCUGUACAAUCAAGCUCAUGACAGAGGGGCUUUGAAUGCAGUGACCAGUAUGUCCAUGGAAAUAAUUAUAUGUGUAUGGUCCAUGUCAUGUAUGUAAUGCUUCCUGGUGUUCUUUUUUUUUCUUCUCUGAAUUCUCGUUCUCUCUUUCGCAUGCAUAUUUUUGUAUGAUUUAAUAAAUGUGUCUUUAAUUCCAUGUAAUCAGUAUGUUUUAAGUUCAUUUGAUACCUUUCACCUGUCUUUAUUCAUGUUGAUUUGUGUCUCUUGGACAUACAUUUUACUUGUGACAUAGAAAUUGCAGAUACAUUUACAAACUAUCUCUACCAUUGCAAUUUGGUGACCUUGGAAUUGUAAGGUUCUCUAAUGUUUUGGUCAGAUAUUAGAUAUUCAUGUAUACGCAGUUUUACAAGCGGAUCUUAUGGCCAAAGAAAAAGAUUAGCAAAUUUCAAAGUUUGGAAAUUUGUUACAUGGGUUGUAAAAUCCCAAAAAGUAAAUGUCCCCAAACAUUGGGUAGAUGACGCCUUACAGUUCAAAGCUCAUGACUGUCAAACGGUCCUAUGUUUUGAUUUCUUUACACAGUCCACAUGGUUGUAAUUCUGUAUGUAAAGUCUCCAUAAACUUCAUGAACUAACUGACCUGUCUGCUUGGAGGAGAAGACAGCGCUAAGACAUGUCUUCCUUCACUAUUCUGAGCAAAUACUAAAGUCUCUUUGGCUGUGAUGGACUUGCAGACAUGACAGUGAAAGUGGUGUUAUUUUUUUUUAGCUUUGGUGUCCCUUGUAUAAAAUCUAAUAAAGCACUAUUAUAUAUAU